AUGUUUCGCCGCGGUGUUGUGCGGCGGUGUGCUGCGACCUCCGCAGCAUCUCCUGUGGGAAAAAGGCCAUUGCUUGUCAUCACAAACACCUCUGGGUUUACGCAUAAGGCCACGCGCCGUGUUGACGAACUGAACCUGGUCGCCUACGAGUGGCAACACGAAGAGACCGGGGCGGUGUAUUACCACAUCGACACAAAUGAUCGUAACAGUACAUUCUGUAUUGGGUUCCGCACUCCAGCCGAAAACAGCAAAGGGACGACACAUGUCCUGGAGCACACAGUUUUGUGUGGUAGCAAGAAGUACCCUGUGCGGGACCCGUUUUUUAUGAUGCUGCGCCGAUCAUUGAGCAACUUCAUGAACGCUAUGACUGGAGCCGACUAUACCCUGUACCCCUUCGCAACAACGAAUGCACAGGACUUCCGAAACCUACUUGACGUCUACCUCGACGCUGUAUUUCAUCCACUGUUGAGGGAGGAAGACUUCAAGCAGGAGGGCCAUCGUGUAGAGGUCGAGGCCAACGCGGCAAAGGGGAAGCGGUUGGUUUACAAUGGGGUUGUAUAUAACGAAAUGCGUGGAGUGGUGUCGGAGCCAUCACAACACUACGCGCACUCGCUGAUGAAAGUGAUGCUGCCCGGCACACACUAUGAGCACAUAUCGGGUGGGUAUCCACCAAAUGUGCUGUCACUGACGUACGAGGAGCUUGUGGAAUUCCAUAAACGGCACUAUCACCCCAGCAACAGUAUCACACUUACAUAUGGUGAGCAGAGCCCUGAACCAUGGAUGGCAAUGUUGAAUGAAUACUUCUCUUCUUUUGCGAAGGGUGAGGUAAUCACGGUACCUACGCUGCGCCCUGAAGACCGCUUUGUGCAACCAAAGCAGGUGACGCUACAGGGCCCACUGAAUUCCAUGGGUAAUCCGCAGCGUCAGAAGCGCGUUUCUGUUUCUUUUGGAGUACAACAAGAGGAUAAUAAACUGGAGGACAUGGUUGAUCUGAGCGUGCUGGACUCUUUGCUCUCAAGUGGUCCGAGCUCUCCGCUUUAUCAGGCGCUUGUUGAGUCACAGAUCGGCAGUCGUUACGCCCCAAUGCGGGGGUAUUCGAGCUAUCUCUCCUCACCCUUCGUCUCGUACGGUGUGGAAGGUGUGGAUGAGGCCCGUCCUAAUGUGGAGGAGGAAGUUCUAACUGCCAUCGUUUCAACCCUGCAGAAGGUGCAGAAGGAAGGCUUCGACCAGCGGAGGGUGCAGUCCGUCAUUUUCCAAGAGGAGUUACAGCAGCGGCACCGUGCUGCUGACUAUGGGGUGAAUCUCUGCACGGGCCUCUGUGCCAUGGGGUUGUGUCGUGCUGCAAAUAAUCCCCUCGACUUUAUUGAUUGGUUACCGCACCUGCGACGUCUGGGCGAGAAGCAGGCGGCGUCCCUUCUCCCACGCAUUUCGAAGAAUCUCCUCAGCAAUCCCCAUCGCGCUACGGUCUCUGUAUCAGCGAAUAAGGACUACUUGAAUUCUCUCCGCGACACUAUUAACGAAAUGGAGAAUAAAUUGAAUGAAGGAGUAACAGAAGCUACGAAGGAUAAGAUUGAGCAAGAGACAGCGAAUUGGCUAGAGCGUGUGCGUGCGCCACAAAACGGUGACAUCCUCCCCACAUUAACCGUUAAGGAUAUACCGCGUGAAUCCUUUCAGGAACCUCCACCGCGUCUUGCGAAAUGUAGUGAUGGUUCCUCCUUGUACACCAUCGCUAGCCCAACAAAUGGGCUCGUCUACGUGCAUGGGCUAGCUCCUUUCAGCUCAUCGCUGAUGGCAUCUGUUCGAGGCGAUGGUGGUGGCGUGUUGGCCGAUGUUCCCCUAUGGCAUUCCCUCUUGGGUAACCUGGGUGCAGGUCCGUAUUCUUUCAAGGAGCUCUCCAUUGCCACAGAGCUCGUCUGUGGCGGUUUUACCUUUUCGCCCCAGCUUAACCAGUCAUACUGCCAAAAGUCGGAGUAUAUUGCUGGCACCGCCUAUGGGUUCUACACGACCAAAGAGAAAUUGCGUGAAGCCCUGGAACUCCUCAAGGUUGCACUGCUUGAACCACGAACUUCUGCAGAAAGUGAUGAAGUGCGUGGUCGGGCCCUUUCUCUUGCAAAAGCACGCUGCUCAGGCGUUAUUCAACGGCUGCAGCAUCAAGGCAACCGAAUCGCUACUACACUGGCCUCCUCGCGCCUCACUCGUAGCGGGGCUGUGAAAGAGGAAUGGUCCGGACUGGCGCAGUCCACACACGCCUCGGCUCUGCUUGAAAAUCUCCAAAACAAUGACGAGGCAGUCGUACGGAACGCCAUUGCAGGGGUUUUGGAUGCCCAUAAUGUUUUUGCAAAAUCGCUGGUGUCAAAUAUUUGCCGCGGCAUAAUCUGGGCCACAUGUGAAGAAAGACAUCGCGACGAAGUAGAAACCAUGUUGGCGGCCUUCCUGCGCGAGUUCCCAACUCUUCCAUCGGAAGCGGCGGUGGCGGCCUCAACACGCCUUUCCUUUGCAGCGAUGGAACGACCUUCCAGCUUGUUGCAGCUCCACAACAAGUUGCCCAUCGACACUUCUUAUGUAGGCCUCGCCAUUGCAAAUGGACUUGACUGGAGCCACCCAGAUCAGGCGCCACUCCGUGUGGCGUGCCAACUGCUCAGCAAUGAGUACUUACAUCGCCGAGUUCGCGAGGAGGGGGGUGCGUACGGAUCGGGCGCGAGCGCUACACUUAAGGGGGAGGUUGGCGGGGUCACCAUGUCCAGCUACCGCGAUCCGACGCCUGAGCAGACCGUCACUGUCUUCCAGGAGGCCGCUAGUUGGCUGAGUGACGCGGGUAAUGUGACACAGAUGAGGGUUGACGAGGCAAAACUCCGCAUUUUUUCCAGCCUUGAUGCACCUUAUUCCGCCGAUAGCUACGGUGAAUCCUUCUUCCUUCACGAUGUUCGACACGAGCAGAAACAGGCAAUGCGGAAUGCUCUAUUGGAGGUGGAGCCCAAGGAUGUUGUAAACGCGGCUCAGUACCUCAACAUGAGUGGUGGCGUGGAGGCCGUGGUGGGUGUGCUGUGCCCCGAGGAAGCGACAAGGGAAGAAUAG